CUGGACGUCAAUACAAUCGAAGCCUCCAAAGACACAUUCGAGGCAGAGUUCCUCCACAUUUUCAAUGUUGCGUCGGGUGCUCAGCCUAUCAUGCUAUUCCAUCCCACCCUCUCCCGUCUCAAAUUCCUCCUUCCGCGGCCCUUGUUGCUCGCAGUCGACGCUAAUAUUGCGCAACUGCUGAAGCUUGGACAAUUUGCUGUAGACUGCAUCAAAAACUACCACCGCAACAAGAACGAAAAAGGACAUGCGAAGUUCGAUCAUCCCGUGAUCUUCGACAGUCUUGAGGACAGGACAGAUGCCCACAAGGGAUCUAUCGCAGCGGAGUUUCUUGUUGCCGGGUCUGACACUAGUGCCUUAACCAUCACCUAUGCCUUGUACUACAUCACGGCAAACCCAACGAUCAGAGAAAAGCUGAUGAAAGAGCUGCUCGAGGUCAUGCCAACUGCGGAUACUAACCCAACUCUGAACCAGUUAGAGCAGCUCCCUUACCUUACCGGCGUCGUGAAGGAAUGCCUCCGUAUGGCGUGCCCCGUCCCGGGAAGGCUGCCUAGGAUUGUGCCCAAUGACAAGCCCCUGAUUGUCGAUGGGAAGGUCGUUCCUCCUGGCACCUUAGUUGGCAUGUCGGCAUACAACAUGCAUUUUUCGGAGAGUCUUUGGGGCCCCGACGUCAACGAAUUCAAUCCCGACCGGUGGCUCGGCGCAUCAGGCCGCGGACUUGACCACUGGCUGGCUCCAUUCUCCAAAGGAUCGCGUGCUUGUAUUGGGCAAAAUCUGGCGACAGCAGAGAUCUACAUGGCCGUUGCCUGUCUAUUCCGGCGAUUUAACUUCAGUCUUCCCCCAGGCGCGAAACUGGGCGAUAAAUGCGACCACUUUACCGUCUUCCUUAGCCAGCCCGGUUUGCCUUUGAGUUGCAAGCCGAAGCUGAAGUAA